AUGUCUGGAGUUUUGACAAGACGCAAAUCGGACAUAAUUUGCAGCAAUUUACAGGUCCCAAAUUGCCCACUUUCCCUCCCACCUAACACAUCAUCGACGACCAUCUACCUUCUCCCCCCUCAAUCUCCUUCCUCCAUAUCUGCACCUUCAACUGCUAUCACUGUUCAUCAUCCACUAUCACCUUCCUCUCUAUUGCUUUCAAAUCCACCAAACACUUUAAUCGAGAAUUCAAGAAUUUUAAAAAUGGGCUACGAAGACUCAGUUUACCUGGCCAAGCUUGCCGAGCAGGCGGAGCGCUAUGAGGAAAUGGUUGAGAACAUGAAGAAUGUUGCUUCCGCUGAUCAGGAGCUCACCGUGGAGGAGCGCAAUCUUCUUUCCGUAGCUUACAAGAACGUCAUUGGUGCCCGACGUGCAUCUUGGAGGAUUGUAACCUCCAUUGAGCAAAAGGAGGAGUCCAAGGGCAAUGAAUCUCAGGUUACUUUGAUCAAGGAGUAUCGUCAAAAGAUUGAGGCCGAGUUGGCCAAGAUCUGUGAGGAUAUCUUGGAGGUUCUCGACAAGCACCUCAUUCCCUCUGCCCAGUCUGGUGAAUCUAAGGUCUUCUACCACAAGAUGAAGGGUGAUUACCACCGUUACCUCGCCGAGUUUGCUCUCGGUGACAAGCGCAAGGAAUCUGCCGACAAAUCAUUGGAGGCCUACAAGAACGCAACUGAAGUCGCGCAGACUGACCUUGCCCCCACUCACCCCAUCCGCCUCGGAUUGGCCCUCAACUUCUCUGUUUUCUACUACGAGAUCCUGAACUCCCCUGAUCAGGCUUGCCACCUUGCUAAGCAGGCGUUUGAUGAUGCUAUCGCUGAGCUUGAUACCCUGAGUGAGGAGAGUUACAAGGAUUCUACCUUGAUCAUGCAGUUGCUACGAGACAACCUGACCCUUUGGACUUCAUCCGAAGCCGAGGCCGACCCUGCCCCGGAGGCAAAUAAGGAAAUGCCCGAUGCCCCUGCGGCCGCACCUGCGACUGAAGGGAAGACCGAGGCCAAAGAAUAA